AUGAAGGGCCUCUACCAGACUGUGGGCCACAUUCUCCUUUCUCUGGGGAGUCUCAGCGUGUUCUCCGGGGUCCUUGCCUUUUUCCCUGUGUUUCUUUCCUCCAAGCUUUGGUUCACUGGAUGGAGUGUGUGGAUUGUUUGUCCCAUCUGGAAUGGAGCAUUAAUGAUCACAGCUGGUGGACUUUUACUGUUGGUCCACAAAGAAUGGACCCAGAGGCACUUGUGGGAAGCCAGCCUCACCUUUGUGAUUCUGAGCAUUACGGGAUGCCCAGUUCAUUUUGCCAUAAGCUUGGAGUCCGCUCUGCUGGGCCCAUACUGUUUCUCCUCACUGACAGGUAUGGUGGGGGUCAACUACCUGGGCUAUGCUGUUGCCUUCCCUUUUCCAUAUGCAAAAUUCCCAUUGGUCUGCGUGGCUCCAUCCCACUAUGAAGAGUACCACCUGACCCUUCAAGCCCUCGACUUGUGUCUAAGCCUGGUCCUGUUCUGCACCUCUCUGUCCAUGGGCAUCAAGCUUUCUGCAAGACUCAUCCAGAAGGGACACAUGAACAUAAGUUUCAGAAAAGGGGAAGCUGCUGUUUGUUCAAUCCAGAAUGGUGAAAUGGAAGAUCUGUAUAGGAAGGCUGAACCUCUCUCUUUUAUUUGCUGCUGUAUCCUCUCUGACAGUGUCAUCCUGCUGUGGGCACCUGGCAGGUACUCCAUAAUGGUUUCUGAAUGA